UUUCUUUCUUCCUUCUUUCUCUCUUUUUCUUUCUUUCUUUCUUUCUCAUAGAGAUUCCUUGCAUGUCCCACGCCUUUUUCUUUACAAGUAUUCUUCCCCCCGUGUACAAAUAAAUGCCACCUAUUGAUUCUUCAUUCUCACACUCCACCAUCUCCAUCCCACACAAAGCACACCCUCUCUUGGUUCCUCUAUCUUCCCCUGUACCUCAUGGUUCCGGAGUUGGAGAAACCUCGAGUCACUGAGAUAAAUGUCCGAAUGGACUGCAAUGGGUGUGUACAGAAGAUAAAGAAAGCACUACAUGGCAUUAAUGGUAUAUAUGAUCUCUACAUUGACCUCCCACAACAAAAAUUGACAAUAAUAGGGUGGGCAGAUCCAGAAAAAAUUCUCAAAGCCAUUAAGAAGACAAGGAAAGUCGUCACCAUAUGUUCACACACCGAACCCACAGAGCCCCCUGCACAACCACCAGAACAAGCACCUGAUGGUGGUGCACCUGCUGCCCCUGACGCAGCAAACCCUCCUCCCACAGAAGCUCCACCAACUGAAGCAGCCCCACCCCCACCAGCAGAGCCACCAAAGGACCCACCCCCACCUCCACCACAAGAGACUACACCACCACCCAUGGCUCCAGACGGUAACACAAGCCAGCCAGCACACAACCCCUCUGGACAAAAAGAUGUAGGAGAGGUUCAUGUAAUUUACCACCAUCCACCUGACUAUGGCUAUCGAUAUGGUUAUGGUCACAGCCAUGGUGGGCACUGGCCCAAGCACCAUAAUGGCCAAGGGUUGCCACAAGAGCCUCCUCAACCCAUCUCUGUGACACACAGCUACAACACAUAUAAGCCGUCAACUUAUGUCACUGAGUACAAGCAUGUCCACUCCCCACCUUAUGUUGCUGAGUACGAGUAUGUCCGGUCACCACCACAACAAACAUAUUACAGUAGGAUGGACCGGUAUAGUGAGGACUAUCACAAUGGAAACAAUGGCAAUGGGAAUAUCACAUCAAUGUUUAGCGACGAAAAUCCAAAUGCUUGUAGGAUAAUGUAGGAGGCACUGCAGCCUGUAUGAAAGGGGGCUCUUUCUUUUGCCUCCCAGAGAGACUUGGAAGAUAAUCGGAACUGUUUGUAAAAUAUUAGAAUAUGGUGGAGCAGUAAUAUUUUCUAAUAAGCAUGUGAGAAUGUUGAGGAAAGAAUCAGAUUCUAAGAUCGUGAGUGCAGGGAGUAUUAUUCCUGGAUUCCACCUCCUGAGAGGCCUACCACAUACUGCUGGUAUUCAUUUCUCAAAGAAUCAGAUAAAGCUAUUGUGUUCUAGAA